UUCAUUCAGAAGAUGAUAAUGACAUAGCAAUCUACUUUACAAAGAUCUCAGACUGGUGUCUGCAUACAUGUCUUAAGUCAACAGUCUCGGUCACAUGGGGUGUGCUGCAAGUGUUCACGCAACCGACAGCCAGUGCAAAGAUCCUAAACACAAGUACAAAUUGCAGGAUUACGAUAACACUAUACGUGCUGUGACGGAACAGUCUCGGAAGGAGAGUGAGGAACCACCCCAGAAACAGCCGGAAAAGAAGGAGAUUCGUUUCGGGCCGGUAAAGCUACUACAGGAAAUAUCUCGGGUGUUGCUAGUAUUUCCUGUGGAGGAUGGGCAGUCAGAAGCCUUCCUGUGGGCCUGUAGAAAAGGCGGGUUUGCGUGCAGUAUGGCUAACUCACUGGACAACGCCAUGGACACACUGGACAAAAGGAAACACCACAUAGUGGUGAUUGACAUGAGGCUAAAUGUCUACAGUAUCGGGGAGCAGAUUGUUAGGAAGAUAAGGUCCAGGCCAUCAUUCGCAAAUGUGGUUACUUUGGCAGUGUGUCCCGCGAUACCGCGUUGGUGCGAGGAGCCGUCAGUCAGACCGUACCUGGACAUGGGUUUCAAUAGGUGUUGGUUUGAAACUAGCAGACUAAAAACACAGUCAUCACAACUGGUUAAAACGGAACAAGACUUUUCAUCCCUCAACUCAUUACCCUCCGACACUUGUACUUCAUCACCGGAACUUUCACAAACAGACAAUUCAGUCCCUAAACGAUUCCUGGAAAACCACGACCGAGGGGCGUGUCUUAACGAGAUCGUAAUGAUGGAUACUGGGGAAGUCAGUACCGGACUCAAACUUUCGGUCGCCAACACUUUGUUCCAACUUCUGGAGGAAAGUCGUGAUAGUUUCGAUAUCACUGAUAUUGAUGGCAUCUGCUCGUACGUGAAUCCUGCAUUCGAAAAGUUGGCUGGUUUUAAGAGCAUCGACAUGGUGGGAAAAUCUACCGAUGUAUUGCUGAACGAAGAAAAAACCGGCACAGGAUUGAUCGAAACUAUGCAGCGCUGCAAAGCUGAGGGGAAAGUAUGGGAGGGUGUAGUUGUAAAUAACAGAACUGGACUGGAUCCCAUAUCUGUGGAAAUGAAAAUCAUGCCUGUUUUUGAUGCUGAAGGAAAUAAUGUACCCUCACAUUUUGUAACGUGUAGAUUGGAGCUGAACCCCACACUUUGUCGCUCCUGUCUCAACAAGAACCAGUUCAAUUCCACUACAAGAAGGAUGAGUAACGGACGGGUUAGGACUGAAUCCUCCAACACCUCCAUCAAUAGCAUCAGUGUUAAUAACACCUCCAGACGACUUUCCAAACAAGUGGAUGCCCCAAUUAUCAAGAUUCUAACGAUGUUACGGAGUAUCCAAGACACAAGUCCCCAGCAGCUACCUGCUCAGCUUAUUGAGAAUGUGAUGGCUAUGCUCCGGUCCUCAGAGCUCUACAACCCUGGUUCCAACAGCCUAACUGAGGAUCCUGAGGCUCUUGGCUUUAUGGACGGUCUUAUGGAGAUGACAAGUAUCCACUCACAUUCAUCACAUGACAUUACACAAUCUCACAGCUCUCACACCGAUUUGAAAGGUAGAGGAACAAGACCUUCAGUGACGGGCGACACCAUCCUCUCACAUCGAGACUCGUGUGAGUCACUUGAUUGUCCAGUGUGUCACAUGAUUGCCCACCUAACAGAGUCCACUUAUCCCUCAGAAUCGACUGCGGCAAUUAACAACAUAACGUUGAGCCAAACCUUGCCGACGCUGAUAAAGGAGAACUUAACCAGAAGAAAGGAGUGGGAUUAUGAUGUAGUGGAGUUGGAAAGAUUGUCUAGUCACAGGCCACUGUUUUAUCUCGGUUUUGAUAUCCUGGUCGAGUUUGGUAUCUUGAACCUCUUCAAGAUAGAGGAGACCACCCUGAGAAACUGGCUUGGAUUAAUAGAAUCAAAUUAUCGCAGUUGCAACACAUACCACAACUCCACGCACGCGGCCGAUGUUCUCCAAGCGUCCGCCUACUUCUGCAGGAGCCAGUGUAUGGAGAAUUUUUUGGACCCAACAGACUUCCUGGCCCUCCUAAUCGCGUCUAUCUGCCACGACAUUGAUCACCCGGGCCGAACUAACGCUUUCUUGUGCAAUGUUAGUCACGAGCUAGCUAUAAUGUAUAAUGAUAGCGCAGUGCUUGAAAGUCACCACUCUGCGACAACCUUCAAAGUCACCUGUCAGGCGGCCGAGAAUAAAAACGUUAACAUAUUCCAAAACCUUGAACCGGAAAACUUUAAGAUGAUCAGAAAGUCAAUCAUCUCGAUGAUCUUGGCAACGGACAUGACCCAACAUUUCGAACAUUACAAUAAGUUCCUGGCGGUUAAUCUGAAGUGUGGUUCCAGUGAAGACGGUGAGGAGUGUAUGGCCCAGGUUCCCGUCAGCCAAGACAACAAAUCUCUCAUCCUCAGGAUGGCUAUCAAGUGUGCGGAUAUUUCUAAUCCCUCCCGCAGUGUCUGUCUAGCCAGAGCCUGGGCUCACAGGAUUGUACUCGAGUACCGGGAUCAGAUAGCGGAGGAAAAGUCACGUGCACUACCCCAGUCACUGCCUCCGUUCGACGAUAUCCCUAAAUCUCAAGUUCUCUUCGUGCACUUGUUUGCUAAAGACCUCCUAACCGCCUACUAUGAAUUUUUAGAAUUCGGCCACCUAACCGAUCAGUUAACCGAGACAUUUGACUAUUGGGAUAGUUUUAACGAAGAGAACCCCUACCCGCACGCACUGACCCUCUCAAUCUCUACCUCCUCUAAUUCUACGUGAUUGUAACACUUCAGAGUCAAGCGCAACUCAUUGCGUUCCUUCCGUUGCAGUGCGCUUUCCGGCUAGGUUGACCCAUCGAAAACAUUCUCACAACGUGUUGUGUAGUUGGACUAAACCAUCAUUCCAUCCAUAAUGCAGCAAUUCGGCCGGAGCAACUGCAAUAAUGCUCUGACGGCUGACGCCCCCUGAAACCUGUCACUUACUCGCCAAGAACAGUUUUUAAGAAUUAAUGAUAUUAAUUACACUUUUUAAGAAUUGUUAUAAUAAUCAGAGUCCUUACAUCAUCCUAACAUGUAACACUGAUUAAAAUCAGACUUUGUUCAAUUAAUGAUAGAGAGCUGCCUCCACCGUGACCAGGUCCUAACGACUCACACAAUCUACCUGCUGUAUAUUUAUAAUUUGUAUAAUGGUGUACAGUGUAUCAUUCACUGGGAGUAGUUCCAUACCAGCUAGGUACCAGUACCAUAUCGCUAUGGUACCAGUACCAUGCGCAUACCAGUACCAUAUCGCUAUGGUACCAGUACCAUAUCAGCUAGGUACCAGUACCAUACCAGCUAGGUACCAGUACCAUAUCGCUAUGGUACCAGUACCAUACCAGCUAGGUACCAGUACCUCAACAGUAUGGUACCAGCAAUAUACUGGCGACAUUUCAGUAUAGUCCCGGUACCAUAGCUGCCAGCGCAUGUUACCAGUACCAUACGGCUAUGUUCUGUGGUAUCAGUAUCAUACCAGCAUGGAUACCGUGCUGGUACUAGUACCACACCGUUCCCGCUUGGUACUGGUACCAGUAGCUUCCUGGCACAGUGCCAUUCUGGCUUGGUACCACUACCAAUACCUUCCUGGCACUUGUACAAUAUCGUACUGGCAUGGUGCUGGUACGAUAUUUGUUAUGGCAUUCCGAUCACGAACGUGUCGAGACUGACGUAUAAUAUCCUGACCAAAUUAUUGAAUUUAUUUUCAUGUUCUGUUCAAUAAUGCAUUCAUAAAUUGAUUUACUUCAAUUAUUCUUCUACUGGCAAUGUAAUGUCGAUAUUAUCAAUUUCAGAAUUACUUUUACCUUUUGACUGGAAUUUGGCGGUUGGAAUUUUAUUUUUGUGGCAGUAUGGGUGACAGAAUGAAUGACUCUGCAUUUUGAAAUAGAGGAACUGUUUCACUGUUUUCAUUUUGGAUUGUAAUUUUCAAA